GCCCGGGGAAUAAGACCGUGAUGAAGAGUCUGAUGAGUUGUUCUUUUUUCCUUUUGGCACUGGAAGGUGCUGUGUUAGGUGUCCCUCAGAAAAUGACUGACAGUGGACCUACAGAAGGUUUGCACCAUGUGCUGUUAACAGUUUCUGGUGAUGUUCUCGGGCACUGUGGUGGAUCUCUGAUCAGUCCUGAGUGGGUCCUCACUGCAGCCUACUGCGAUCGACCGGACUUGGAAGUGAUUUUGGGCCACCAUCCAGGUCUACAAGGAGAACGGAGGAAAGUUACUACAAGAAAAACGUUCACCAACAAGAAAAACCUUCACAACAUCAUGUUGUUGAAAGUGGAAACAAAAUCUAAAGACAAGUUCACCACUGUUGCUCUACCUGACGAAAACUGCCAGUCACCCUCCGAAAACACUGUAGUUCACUUUUAUGGAUGGAUUAAUGCAGCAUAUAAUUUUGCAAAAGACCGAGACGAGCCUCAGAAUCUGCAGAAAGGAGAACUCUCAGUCUCCGCCUGCAAAGACGUCCCUAAACGAGAGAAACAGCCGGUGCCAAAGGACCUGCAACAUGACAAGCAAACACUUCUGUGUGCAGCCCACCCCCCUGGUGUGGAAGACUGUGAGGUCUACGCUGGAACGGGUUUGAUGCACAAUGGUGUCCUGCAUGGAGUGCUUGUUAAUUACGACUUCCUUUGUAAGAAACAGGUGGAAUUCAUGGACGUCUGUGCUUACAGAGACUGGAUCAAAGAUGCAUUCACAAAAAUGAAAUUGCUUUGUUGUGGAUUGUAAUCAGUUUCAUAUCACUGUUAAAUAAUAUCUCAGAACCAAGACUGACAACUUAAACCUAAGGAAAAAAACCUCAUUAAAUUAUGAUAUCCAGGAGGAUAUGCAACCUAUGAACAAAA